AUGGCGCCGCAGCAGAACACCUUCGCCGUCAUUCCAGACGCCCCCGGGCGCGUCGGUGGCCCUGCGAACCGGCCGCCGAUGACGUCGAAGCAGGCCCAGAAACUAUACAAGCAGGCAAACAAGGAACCGAAACGAUCCAAGGCCGAGCAACGGAAGUGGGAGAAGGAAAAACAAGAGGAGAUUCGCAAGGAGCUGGAAAAGGAACGUGCCGCCGUCAAGGCCAAGGCAGCGAGAGAUCGAAAAAAGGCCAAGGAAGAGGAGGCCCGAGAGAACAGGCGAAGGGCCGGGCAGCCUUUAUUCGAUUGUCGACCAAGUCAAGACACGAUUGCGCGUUUCGUACGAGGGAACGGUACACACAAGAAGAGAGAUUCGUCUGGGGAACCUAUACCAAAACCCGAGAUUACACCUGCUAUAUUGGCCGAUAUCAAGCCGAACACCUUGGCGUCAACCGCAGCUUCCAAACCUCCCCUUCCAACUGAGUCAACAGAAGAGCGGAAACCCUCAAUUAACUCCAUGGCACCACCACCUUGUCCUUCACAGAUACCAAAGUCGGCCAUGCCACCUCCUCAGGGCACGUCUACAUGUGAAAGACCACCUGCGGCUGAGAGUGUGGCACCAAAGCCAAUUGACAAAGACGCUCUAUCACGACAGCCACCAACCUUACCUCCCACCCUCAAGCCGCUAUUCUCGGUGCCAGAAAAGACUCCAGCAGUAACGACUCCCGUGAGACCUCCUUCACGACCUGCUGCAAAGUCCAAACCAAGGCCCUUCAUGAUGCCCAAAGCGACAUUACCAACCCAUCAGCCACCUCGGCACAAGAUCUUCAAGCAAAACCCCUCUAUCCAGCCUUCUGUUCGUAUCAAAACAGAGGUCCCGCCGCCAAAAGAGUUGCCAUCAGCAAGUUCUGCACCGCAAACGUCAUUACCAGCGAUGCCUCCACCCCCAGUACCAUCACAGACGCCUAAAGUUGAGGCUGCCCUGACGAAUAUGGCCAUCCCAUCAAUUGCACCAUCGCCAGUUGCACCAUCAAUACAGAUGCCACCACCACCACCGCCACCAAGGCCAUUGCCGCAGAUGCCUCCACCCAGCACACAAACAAUUGUUCAAGAUUGCUUUGACGACUUCUUUCCAACAGCUUCACAACUUGCUGUAGAGCUUGAGGAGGAUUCUGAUUCAAACCGACAUGGAUUGGCUCAAGGGGAACAAAUGUCAGAACCACAGAGGAAUCAAAACACAAUGCCUCAAGGGGCUUUCGGCCCAAAACUGGACCUGAUGAUGUCGUCUCAGGAGGUGCUGGAUAUAGAGUCCCCGGCCAAGGCCAUGACGCAGUCAUCGUCGGGAGGAUCGGCAGUAAACCCUGCCUCACCACUCAUAGAGAUGGAUUUGGGUUCUAUAGAUUGGGAUGAUGACUUGGAUGAUUUUUGA